AUGGACCCACCCAAACCCAAACAGCCCAAAUCAGACACCAUCGAACAGCUCUCGCAGCUCCUGGCAGAGCUCGAAGAAUCCCCCGACAAUGUCCCUCACCGCCUCAAAGCCAUCGACCUGAUGGCCAACCUCGACCUCGCCUCCGAGCAGCUCGACUCCCUGGAGAAGCUGUCUGAUCUGAUCAUGCUCAAUGAAGCCCAAUGGAACACCUACUUUGACCUCCAAGACGAGGUCACCACGCUCGACGGCCUCGCAGACAUGCUGGAAAAGUAUGACCGCGCCGAGCAAGACUACCAAGUCCUCUCCAUACCCGCCAGACAUAUCCGCUUCCUCCGUCAACAGCACCCCGGCGAGAUUGCCGACUUUCUCACGCCCGACACCCUUCGCGAAAUGAUGCAGUCCAUCCUCGGCCGGUUUCCCCACACCCAGCUGUGGCAGCUAUGCCUAGAAUGGGAAAUGGAGCAAGGCUCAAACGAGCGGAUCCACCAAUUCUACCAGGAACGCCUCGCCGUUCCCCAUCCAGCCAAACACCUCAUGUCGGGCGAGCGCCGAUACGGCAAAGUCAGGCAGGACUUUGAGGAUGCCUUGGGCGCCAUCUUCAACGAGUACAUCCACUGGGAGACCGACAGCAGAGCCAAGCAGCCAAAUCCUGUCCUCGCACAGCAAGUGUUUGAGCGAGCAGUGGCCAUGUGGGCGACCGCCGCGGCCGAGGCUGCGGCUGCCGUCAAGCAGGCCAAAAAGCUCCAGCGAGGAAAGAAGAAGCCAGUGGUGGAGGUCACAGACGACCAGGUGGACCCGUACAAACUGGCCGAGGCGGAUGUGUGGGCCAAGUAUGCUGCUGCGUCGGACGACCCGCAGGCGGAAGACGAAGCCAUCUACGAAAAAGCGCUAUCCUUUGGCGUCAUUACCGGUACCGAGCUCCACCUCUACUGGGCAAGCCACCUCAGCCGCUCCUCUGGCGACGUCUUGCCAACCAUCAUUCGCGGACUGGAACUGAAUGACCCAUCGUGCAAGUUGGAAAAGUUCCUCCUCGAAUGGGCCGAGACCCGCUCCCCGGACCACCUGGACCAAGCCCUCGCUCUCGUAGAGAAACCCAGCAAGGCGCGCUCCUCAUCGUACCAGAUGGCUCUGCUGCGUUCCGGCAUCGAGACCCGCCGCGGCAACCUCGCCCAAUCCCGACACAUCCUCACCACUGCCAUGCAGCGGUCCGAUCUGGACUGGCCAGAAAUGGUUUACGAAUCGUUGACCCAGCUCGAAGCUGUCCACGGCGAUCUCGACAGCAUCAAAUCUAGCCGGAUGCUGAUUGAGCGCGAAUCGGAAAAGCUCGCCAAGCGCCGGCAAAAGGCGUACGUCGAGUACCAGCCUGCGCCUGCCGAUGCAGCCCCCGCGGCAGCUCCAGCUCCAGCUCCUGAAGAAAAACUCCAACGUGACCGCGAACAUACCACCGUCGUCGUCAGCGGCAUUGCCGACACCGACCGAGACCGGAUCGAAGCCUUUUUCUCAGACUGCGGGCCCAUUCGCGAAAUCAUCAGCAAACCCAACGCCGCGUUGAUAGAAUUCAAAUUCGUCGAUGCCGUCCCCGCCGCGCUUGCGCGAGAUCGCAAAAAGCUCGACACGCACGUCAUCAACGUCUCGGCGUUGUGGCGGUCGACCCUCUACGUGACCAAUCUCCACGGCGACGACGAGUCUAUCCGCGCAUUGUUCUCGCAACACGGCCAAGUGCUCGAUACUCGCUGGCCGAGUCUCAAGUAUAAGGCCACUCGGCGAUUCUGCUACGUCACCAUGGACUCUUCAACUUCCGCCAUGAACGCUCUAGCACUGGACGGAACGCAGUCUGGCGAAUUCGCCCUCAGCGUCAAGAUCUCCGACCCACAGGCAAAGGCCAAGCGCUCCGAUUCCACAUCGCUCUAUGUCAAAAGUCUCACCCCCCAGACGACAGAAGCGGAUCUUAGGGAGCAAUUUGAAAAGUUUGGGACUGUCAAAUUCAUCAAGCUCGGCUACGAUACCAUCAAACAAAUCUGCAAGGGCUUUGCUUUCGUUCACAUGUCUACAGAGGCCGAAGCACAUGCCGCACUCGCCCUCGACGGGGCCGCUCUCAACGGCAAGCUCCUCAACGUCAGCAUCAGCGAUCCCAAUCACAAAAAGCCGGAACCCAAACCGGAAUUCGUCGACAAGAAGCAGCGGCAGAUCCGCCUGCACAACAUUCCCGAAGGCACCCAGGAGGGUCUCCUCCAGCAGGCGCUGGAAAAGAUUGUCCCCGUCAAGCGGCUGGAAAUGUUUGCCAAGCAACGCGAGGCUUUGCUAGAGUUGAAAGAAGCCUCGGAUACUGGCAAGCUCUUGCUCCGCUCGGAACCCUUCAUCUUCAACGACACCACCAUCUCCUUUACCGAACAGAGCAAAUCGGACGCCCCAGCCUUUGCGCCUCGCGUGCGUAAAGGCAAAGCCCUCGGCAAGGGUCGCCAGGCUCCAGCGGACAAGGUGCUCGCGCCGUUGACGGGUGGAGACAAGGGGCAGGACGAUUUCAGGGCCAUCGUCAUGGCAAAGAAUACGCAGCGGCAGGGGAAUUUGGAAGCAAACUUGGGGAAGCGGGCGGCAGAGGCGGACGAAAGAGAGGGGAAAAAGGCUAGAACAGAGUUGUAG